UCCUCGCUUCAGAGAAUCGAUCUCUUACCAAGUUCUCAGAAUAAUCGAUCGCUCUAUUGCAAUGGCGGGGCCAGAGUUGUAUUUCGAGAAGUUUCUAGGAGAAGGCUCUUUCGGUUCAGUGAGUCUCUACAAGUACAAAAGACGUCACGACGGCAAGACCCUUUACGCCGCCGCAAAAACCUCCGACCAUAAACACGCCGAGUCUCUCUACAUUGAGUUUCAAAUCCUGUCGGAACUCAAAGGAUGUCCGAGAAUCGUCCAGUGCUAUGGGACCAAAGUGCAAGAGAGACGCAACGAAGAAGGUUGCUUGGAGUACAAGAUUUACAUGGAGUACGCACCUGGAGGAAGCUUGAGGAGUUUCGCUAACCAAUUCCAAGACAAUAAGUUACCGGAUGCUUUGGUCAGAGAUUUUACUCGUAUGCUUCUAGAAGGAUUAGCCACCAUCCACGGACACGGUUAUGUUCACUGCGAUCUCAAACCAGCAAACAUACUCAUCUUCCCGAGUUAUGUCAACAAGAACGGUGCCUGGAGAUCAUCUUACGAGUUGAAGAUUUCGGAUUUCGGGUUGACAAGAAGAGAUGGAGACACUAGCUGGUGGCAACCUCAUCAGCCCUUUGCCGGAACAGCGAUCUACAUGUCUCCCGAAUCAAUUUCUCACGGCGAGACAGGGAAGGGACUUGAUUUAUGGUCUUUGGGAUGUAUUGUACUAGAGAUGUACACGGGAAAAAGACCUUGGUGGCAUACAGACUACAAACUGAAGGAUCUCAAGAACUGCCACGGGCUGUUGAUUCCAAGAGAUCUUCCUUUUGACGCAAAACUCUUUCUGAUGACAUGCUUCUCUCCCGAGGCAGAUGAUAGAAAAGACGCAUCGACUUUGUUGAAUCAUAUCUUCUUGCGUAGAGAUGUUAGUAAGAUCACAGAGUCGUCUCCUAUGCCUGCCAAGACUGGUAGUAACCCGAGGAAUAUCACUCUGGAGUUGGAGAAACUUAGACAGAGGCUUUCGCAUAUGAAGUCUAUUUUUGUAUAG